ACACGGGAAUAAAUGGAGGGUCUACUUCAUUGCUCAGCUAAUUCUGUUCCUUUGUCUCCAAUCAACUUCAUUGAGAGAGCAGCAAAGGUUUGCAGAGACAGAACAUCUGUUGUGUAUGGUUCUUUGAACUAUAAUUGGGGUCAAACUCAUCAACGUUGUCUCAAACUCGCUUCUUCUCUUUCCCAAUUGGGGAUUUCCCGUGGGGAUGUGGUUGCCACACUAGCCCCUAAUAUCCCUUCAAUGUACGAGUUGCAUUUUGCAGUACCAAUGGCUGGAGCCAUUCUUUGUACUCUUAAUUCGCGCCUAAAUGCAAAUAUGGUUUCAGUCCUAUUGGAACAUUCACAAUCAAAGAUUCUUUUUGUGGACUACCAAUUACUUGAUAUCGCUCGAGGAGCAUUAGACCUCCUAACCGAAAGAGCGAAAAAGAAACCAAUUUUAGUCAUGAUCAUGGACUCUGAUUGCACAUCUACUAUUGAUUUCACUUCAAUUAGCUAUGAAUAUGAAAAACUUCUAGUUGUUGGACAUAAUGAUUUUGAUAUUGUGAGGCCACAUAGUGAAUUAGAUCCUAUAAGUAUAAAUUACACAUCAGGCACAACAUCUAGGCCUAAAGGAGUUGUUUUAAGUCACAGAAGUGCUUAUCUAAACUCUAUCGCAACGGUUCUAUUCUUACAAAUGAGCCUAUUUCCUGUUUAUCUUUGGAAUGUUCCGUUGUUUCAUGCUAAUGGUUGGUGCCUAGCUUGGGGAGUGGCAGCACAAUUUGGAACCAAUAUUUGUCUAAGGAAAGUAUCUCCAAAAAACAUAUUUGACAAUAUAGUUCAACAUAAAGUAACAUAUAUGGGAGGAGCUCCUACGGUUUUGAACAUGAUUGCCAAUUCUACAUUGUCCGAUAGAAAGGUGUUCAAUCACAAGGUAUCAGUAUUAACAGGAGGUUCUCCUCCACCGCCGCAGAUCCUUUCCAUGAUGGAAGAAAAUGGUUUUAGUAUUACUCACAUGUAUGGCCUCACAGAAACAUGUGGUGCAGGGACUUUUUGUGCUUGGAGACCUGAGUGGGACAUGUUACCGACCGAAGAAAAAUCGAAGAUAAAAGCUAGGCAAGGUGUGCCACAUGUAGGGAUGGAGGAAAUUGAUGUCAAAGAUCCUUCAACAAUGGAAAGUGUUCCGGCUGAUGGAAAAACGGUUGGCGAGGUAAUGUUUAGAGGGAAUACAUUGAUGAGUGGUUAUUUUAAAGACUUGAAAGCAACAGAAGAGGCUUUUAAAGACGGUUGGUUUCAUAGUGGCGAUCUUGCAGUGAAACACUCUGAUGGUUACAUAGAAAUCAAGGACCGAUUGAAGGACAUAAUAGUAUCCGGUGGAGAAAACAUCAGCUCGAUUGAGGUAGAAACGGUAUUGUAUAGUCAUCCAGCGGUUCUUGAGGCUGCAGUUGUUGCUAGACCUGAUGAUCUUUGGGGCCAAACUCCUUGUGCAUAUUUGAAAUUGAAAGAUGGAUUUGAUGCAGAUGUUGAAGAGAUAAUAAACUUUUGUAGGGACCGUUUGCCGCAUUUCAUGGCUCCUAAAACAGUCAUUUUUCUAGAUAUGCCGAAAACAUCAACAGGUAAGAUCCAAAAGUUUGUUUUGAGAGAGAAAGCCAAGGCCUUGGGAAGCAUUUCAAAUGUACCAUCUGUUAGUAGCAUUUCAAAUGUACUAUCAGUUAGUAACAUGUCAUAUCCUUAAAUUACUAAGUAUUGUUAGACGGAUUAAGUGAUACUCCCUCUAGUCUUAUAUAUAAGCAAAAAUCCUUUUCUAGGUUUAUUGGAUAACUGAUGUAUCUGGUCUAUAUUAUGAACCAGAUACAUCAGUUAUUCAAUGAACCUGAAAAAUAAAUUUAUGUUUAUAUAUGAGAACAGUAGAAGUACAUGUUUG